UCCUCAUCGGCCACUUAAAAGCCGCGCUGCCGGUUGGGGGCGGAGCUUCUGGACCCGUUCACAGAAAGUGCCACGACUCUGCAGCCUGCCCGACUCCGCUGAGCCUUACUGUGGGACACUCUGGUCAGUCAUGGACGUCUCCGACCCGCAGACGCUCGGCAUCAUGGUCUUUGGAGGCUUCAUGAUCAUCUCGGCGGUGGGCAUCGCCCUCGUCUCCACGCUCUCCAUGAAGGAGACGUCCUACGAGGAGGCGCUGGCCAAGCAGCGCCGCAAACUGGUCCAGACCCACGGCCAGAGACCAGAGAAGAAGAGGAAGGACAAGAACCAGGAGAAGAAGAACAAAGCCAAGAAGAAGGAGGACCGGGCCGAGGAGAAGCUCCCUGAGCCCAGCAGUGACGCCUGUGAGGAGCCGGAGGUGGUGACCUGUACCGAACCAGAAUCUGAUCCAGAACCUACUGCUGAACCUGAAGCUGCACCUGAACCCGAACCAGCACCUGAGCCAGAACCAGAGCCAGAGCCAGAGCCAGAACCCAUCGUGGUAACUGCGACCCCCGUGGAGUCUCCUCCUGCCCCCUCUCCGAAGGAGAAGAAGAAGAAGAGGUCGGCGAAGGCGGAGCCAGCUCCCGUGGUCGUGGAGGCUGUUGCUAAGGAAGUCAUGUUGAUGGCGAUGGCGCCGGUGGUGGAUGCUCCUCCGGUUAACGUAGUCCCCGAAGUCCCCAAAGAAGCACCCGCUCCCAAAACCGAGGAACCCAAAGAGACCUCCAGCAAGAAGAAGAAGUCCAAGAACAAGCCUGAGCCAGUGACGGACUCUGCUGACUCCGCUCGGACGCUCCCGUCCAGCGAGCUGCUGUCCGCCGUGUCCGCCAUGACGCUCAGUGACCACGAGCUGCAGAAGCUCCUGGAGGUCCUGAACCAGAAGGCCGGAGUCCGCCAAGAGUCCUGGCAGCUGGCCUGUCAGAAGGGAGACCCCCUGUCCACCCUGAAGAAGCUGCUGGAGGAGAAAGAGAAGCUGCUGACCGCCGAGCAGGAGGGAGCCGCCACCGCCAAGACCCGCCUCAAGGAGCUCAACAAGCAACUCGGGGCAGAGAAAUCCAAGAUGGCGUCUCUGGAGACCCGUCUGAAGGCGGAGCUGAGUGCUCAGGGUCAGGAGGUGGACGCCCUGCGGACCAAGAUGGAGACCGCAGACCAGGAGCACCUGGAACAGACCCAGCAGCUCAACCAGAAGAUCGGGAGUCUGCAGGAGCAGCUGGAGAACGGUCCCAACGCCCAGCUGGCCCGUCUGCAGCAGGAGAACUCCAUCCUCCGGGACGCUCUGAACCAGGCCACCAGCCAGGCCGAGAGCAGACAGAAUGCAGAGCUGGCCCGGCUCCAGCAGGACUGCGUCCGUCUGGGUCGGGAGUUGACGGAGCGCUCCAACACGAUGCGGGCCGACGAGGAGCUCAGGAAGAACCUGGAGGCCAAGAUGGCGGCUGCCGAGCAAGAGCUGGCCAAAGUCCAGCUGGUCCACGCGGACUCUGAGCGCGCCCUGCAGCAGAGACUGGAGGACGUGUCUUCACAGCUCAAAGCGUCUCAGCAGGAGGCGGAGACUGUCAGCGAGCUGCAGGGGGCGCUGACGACCAAAGAGACCGAGCUGCAGGAGCUCAAGGUCCAGCUGGAGAGCCAGGCCGCGGUCCAGGUGAGCGAGUCCCCGGAGGUCGAGCAGCUGAAGAUCAGUUUGCAGCACAGAGACGAGCAGGUGGUCGCUCUGGAGGCGGAGCUUACUCAGCUGAAGGAGGAGCUACAGAUGCUGACAUCAUCGCAGUCAGAGAGGGCGCCGGACGGCGAGGAGGAAGCAGCGUCAGCAGAUCAGACUCAGAAAGAGGGAUCAGGCAGCGAGACGGAGUCCGACCAGCCGUUUGAGAGUCUGGAGGAAGACUCUCAGCUGCUGCGUCUGGAGGAGGAGCUUCAGCAGGCUCGUAACCACGGCACCGAGCUGGAGGAGAAGAUGGCGGCCUCAGCGGCGGCGGCCUCAGAGGCGGAGCUUCAGAAGGAGCAGAGGGAGGCGGAGCUUAAAGCAGCGCUGGGUGAAGCUGAGUCCAGGUUUUCCUCCCUGAGUUCGGACUUCCAGGCGUCGCUGCAGGUUCUGUUUCCCGGCGUCUCCAUGGAGACGGAGCAGGAGAACUGGUUGGAGUCGUUCACUCAGAGAGUGGAGGAGAGGAAAGCAGAGAGCUCUCACUCUGAGCUGCAGUCGAGGCUGGAGGAGGCGGAGUCUAAACAAGGCGAGCUGCAGGCUGAGCGUGAUGAGAAGACGAAGCUGCUUCAGGAAACAGAGGCGGAGCUUCAGGCUCUGCAGCGGCGCUCUGAGGAGGAAGAGACCGCGUGGAGGACCAAAGUGUCCGAGGCCGAGCAUCAGAACCAAACUGUGAUGGAUCAGCUGAAGACGCUGCAGGAGGAAGUCCAGUCCAAGAGGACGGAGACAGAGGACACCCAGCAGCUGAAGGAGCAGCUGAUGCUGUUGGAGGCUCAGUUGGAGAAACAGCUGGAGGAGGCCGGCGUCACGCAGAGCUGCAGUGAGGAGCUCGCUCAGGCUCAGACUCAGGUGCAGCAGAUGUGUGCUCGUCUGCAGGUGGAGCAGGAGCAGCACGAGCAGCUGUUGUCAGAUCUGCAGCAGGCUCGACAGGAAGUGACGGAGCUGAAGGUGCAGAUGGACGAGACACCUGAAGAGACACCUGAGGAGGAGCAGGUGGAGGUGAAGGAGGAGGAGCAACAGGAAGUAAGGGAGGAGGAGGUGAAGGAAGAGGAGGUGAUGGAGGUGAAAAAGGAGGUGAUUGAGGAGGUGUUGGAGGAGGUGUUGGAGGAGGUGAUGGAGGUGAAGGAGGAGACACCUGUGUGAUGGUCCCUCAGGUCCAGUCCGCCGUGGUGCCGUGUUGCCGUGGUGACCGCCGGGUGGUGAGGUCACGUGAUGAAGAGGACCAAAGUGUUUUUUUACAGUGUUAUAAAUAUUAAAGGAAUAAACUGUAAAGUCUCA